GCGGCCGCCGCAGCUCCGGGUAGCUCUGAGGCGCGCUCCUGGCACGGCAGGACCCGCGGCUCCUCUGAGGACGGUGCCCACCAAACCAUGGCUUCCGCCUUGAUAUCAGCCAAGAAUUUCUCCGUGUUCUUGGUGAAGUCCGUGUUCUCUCUGCUGGAGUCCCUGGUCUUCACCGUCCUUCCAAGGCCACGGAAGGAUGUUGCUGGUGAAAUUGUUCUCAUCACAGGCUCUGGGAGUGGAAUCGGGAGGCUCUUGGCCUUGAAGUUUGCCCGACUUGGAUGCGUGCUUGUGCUCUGGGAUGUCAACAAGGCGGGCAAUGAGGAGACGCUCAGGAUGGCCAGGGAGGCGGGGGCCGCCCGAGUGCACGUCUACACCUGCGACUGCAGCAGGAGGGAAGAGGUGUAUCGUGUGGCGGAUCAGGUUAAAAAAGAAGUUGGUGAUGUUUCCAUACUGAUCAACAACGCCGGCAUUGUAACUGGGAAAAAGUUCCUCAGCUGCCCAGAUGAGCUCAUGGAAAAAUCUUUUGAUGUGAAUUUCAAAGCACACUUAUGGACUUACAAAGCCUUCCUACCUGCUAUGCUUGCUAACAACCAUGGACACUUGGUUUGCAUUUCAAGUGCGGCAGGAUUGCUUGGAAUAAAUGGACUGGCAGAUUAUUGUGCAAGUAAAUUUGCAGCCUUCGGAUUUGCUGAAUCUGUAUUUAUGGAAUCCUUCGCCCAGAGAAAAGGGGGAAUUAAAACCACUAUCGUGUGUCCAUUUUUUAUAAACACUGGAAUGUUUGAUGGUUGUAGUACUGGCGCCCCUUUACUUUUGCCAAUUCUGGAACCAGAAUAUGCAGCCAAGAAGAUAGUAGAUGCUAUCUUGCAAGAACAAGUGUACUUGUACAUGCCAAGAUUUUUAUACAUCGUGAUGAUUUUAAGAAGCCUGUUGCCCACCAAGACCGCACAGCUUCUUGUUGACUAUAUGGGUGGCCUCAAUGUCAUGGAUCACUUUGUUGGCCGAAAAAAAAUAAACUGAAGACCAGCCUGCGCAGCGAUGGCCUCCAGGACCCAACACUGAAUAACGCUCGUCUCAUCGAGGGGGAGGGCCUUUGUCUGCAGAAAGCAUCUGACUGCAAGUGCCAUUCUUGCACUUCCAUCUGGACCAGCAUUUGCAACCAAUGCUUUUGAAAAUAUUGCUGUGUGUGUGUUGUUGUGUGUCUUGUGUUUUAAUUUUUUAAAACCUCCCGUUCUGUCACCACAAGUGAACUGAUGAUUGCUUUUGUCACUGCGAGGUGGAUGAAGAGUGCAGAUAAUGAUGCAUCAACCUGACGUGGCUGAGAAAUGAAGCACUCGGAGGGCAUUUUAACUGGAAUAUUCUCUCCUGAGGACCCAAGCCUCUUAACCUGGAAUUUUUUGAGAUGGUAUCAGCCAGUGUUUUGGUUUUUAAAAAAGGCCCAAUUCCCAUGUCCUUCUUCCCUAAGCAUGCAUGCACAGGUUCACUUCUCCAUCCCGUGGACAGUCACAGUUCAGGGUCAGUACUGAUACGAUAGAUCAUGCUGGGCUGCUUUACUGCACGUGCUCUGAAAGACCAGAGGCUCUGACCUUGAUCAAAUUCUAAACAGGAUCACAUCUCUUUCCAGAAGAAAUCAAAGAAUGGCUGUUUUUACCCUGCAAAUUGUGCUACACUUCAUUAGCUAUUCUGCUAUGUAUUAGUCCAGAAAACAUAUCCACAUCGUUAACUUCAAAUGUUUAAUUUGAUCCUUUAAGUUGGGAUUCACUUGUAGGUAUUCUUCCACAAAAGUACCAUGUUAUGCGUGUGUAUUCUGCAGGGCUGCCUUCAUUUCAGAUCUGUUGUUUUCUUAGUUUAAUCAACUGGCCAACCACUUUCAUGCUUUGGAGAUUAACAAUAAAGGCAAGAUUAAGAAAAAUAUGUUAAUUACCAUAUCUCUGGAAAUCCUUCCCAGGCUGGUGGGGGCACCUGCCUUGUGAAAACAAUAAUAGUCUUUGUCCCAAUUCCCUUCUUUGUGUGAGGAAAACAGGAAAGGCUGAGAGGUACCUUGGAAGACUGAGUCUGAAGAAAUGAGCAUUUGAAUAUGUGAGGAGUUACGAUGCUGUGGGAAGGGCAACAGUCUCGCAAAUGUGAAGUCUGAAAUCCACCACUGACUGAUUUUUCUUGAGCUGCCCCAAUGAUUCUGACUGUUCUCUCUCUCUAUUCAGAAAUCUUCCUUUAAAUAAAAAUCCUGUUCCAGGAUUAAAAAAAAAGCGAUAGUUCAUAUUUAUUGUUCCUGGCAUGAAGCUAAGUCUUUCAGACACACAUCAUUUCAUUAACCAGA